CAAAGGUUAUAGGCCACAUUGAUGCUGGAACAUAAAACAAACAAACAAACAAACAACAACAAUUAAACACUCGAACAGUGGGGUGUAGACUUUUUAUAUCGACUAUAUAUGUUCCCUGUAACUUUCUGGCCUCUCACCUCAAGUCACAUGCGAUAAGAUCCACCUUUCAACCGCCAUCCUACACAGGACAAGCAACAGAGGAAAUGGAUUGCCAUAUCUUCCCGCUUGUGACCCCCACCUUGCCGGCGAGCCCCACGAUGCUGCGAGAGAGCUCCAAGGCGUGGAGCAACGGCUCCGAGGCCUACAGCAGUGACCCGGAGGAGGACGAGGAGGAGGAAGAGGACAUGGUGUUCGGGGAGAACGACCAGGACGGCAUCGCCGAGGAGCUGAUGGACCUCAGCGACCUGCCCGCUGCGCUCUUCGCCUGCGGGGUCCACGAGGCGGUGUUCGAAGAUGACACGGACAGGGAGAGAUUUGAGGCGGCCUUUCGGAUCUACGACGAGCAAGCGACCUUCCAGUUGUUCAAAAGCUUCCGGAGAGUCCGGAUCAACUUCAGCACCCCCGAGGCAGCCGCCCGCGCCCGCAUCGAGCUGCACGAGUCCGAGUUCAACGGCCGCAAGCUCAAACUCUACUUUGCCCAGGUCCAAAAUGGCGACGAGGACAUCGACAAGUCCUACCUGGCGCCCCCGCAGCCCGUCAAACAGUUCCUGAUCUCGCCGCCCGCGUCGCCACCCGUAGGCUGGAGUCAGAGCGAGGACGCCACGCCGGUCAUCAACUACGACCUUUUGUGCGCGGUCGCCAAGCUGGGACCUGGCGAGAAGUACGAGCUGCACGCCGGCACCGAGUCCACCCCGAGCGUGGUGGUGCACGUGUGCGAGAGCGAGACGGAGGACGACGAGGCGGCGCGGCCCAAGCAGGAAAUCGUGCAGACCCGACGUCCCGACGGACCCCCGAAGGUCUUCAACUAGACCCCGCCACGCGCUCCACAGGCCGCCUUGUUGACCUGCAACACCAACCGCCCUCUCUCUCUCUUUCUCUCUUUUUCCCUCUCCUUCUCUCUCUCUCUCUUCUCUCUGCACUCAUGGAGAGCGCCGCCGCCGUCAUUCCAGCUCAAAAACAGACAAACAUUGCUCCAGUUUUUGCGGGUCAGCGGACGAGGCGACUCAGAAGAAACGCACGAGGACACAGACACAAACACAUUCAUCACAUCCUUGCAGCGAGGCACUCUUGAUGCCGCCAAGGCCUGUCGACGCUCAGCGGAGGCGGAUACACACACACACACACACACACACACACACACACACACACACAGACACGCGCACACACUCCAGUGAGCGCGUUAGCUCCCCCCCGCACACCUCAUUGUUUCAUUUCGCAAUGACCGGGUGUUCUUUGGGGUGAUUUGCACAUUUUCUUUUUUCAGUCCCUUUUUCCAAUCAUCGUCCAUAUCAGCUCGCAUCGGGAUGCAUGUAUAUAGUCGACGGCGUGAUACAAUACUAAUAAAGUGAAUAUUUAACGUCGCACACACUGCACGUAACGCCAUAUGUGACUAACAAAAGAAGUUGUGGUGGCUGAAUAUUUAUCCCCAUUUUUCUUUUUUUUUUAUUCAUUUCACCCACUAGAUGUGUGUUCUUAUUGUGUACUUGGUACACUUUUUGCAUGCGUAAGACGCGGGAGUUUUGUUUUUUCGCUUGCACGCAGGACUCAAACAGGGCGUCUUUGUUCAUUUUCCUUUCCUAGAUUUCAAAUUUGCGUGUUGUCGCCAUCAUUUUCUAGCGUUGUUUCGGACCGCGCCUCCUUUUUCCGAUGCGGGGGUCCUCCCGCUUUUUUCCCCGGGCUUGUACAUACCGCUUUGUCUUUGUCGCCGUUUUUUUCUAGUCUAAGAGGGAAAGAUGCCUGAUGAGAUGUCAACCAAAGCAUUCUCACGUAUUUCCUUCAGUGAGAGCAAAUGACAGCAAAUGUGCGCCAUUCUUAAAUAUGUUUUUCACCCCCACGGCUUUAGCAUGAAUCAUUUGGAGCAGUGGACAGACCGUAGAACGCGGGAACGUCCAGCGAAGCACGCCGGCUGCGAUGAUUAAGUGGUGUACACACAUAGAGAAACCGUAAUUUCCGGCCUACAAGCCGCGACUUCUUUCACACGCUUUGAACUCUGCGGUUUAUGGGGCGAUGCGGCUAAUUUGUCCAUUUUUUUUUCUAACACCCGCAAGGGGGGACUUGAGCGGAAAAGGUAAGAAUGAGACUGGUGGAAUAUGUGCCGAGGAAGUGACUUUUACCGGUCUUGCCCUGUUAGCGCUGCGCUAGCUUGUUACUGCUGUGUCUCAAGUGAUUUUUUCCAGUUUUUCUCGUUUUUUUUUUUUUAACCAGCCCUGUUAGUUAGUGCGGCGACUAGUGUUAGCGUUCGCGCCCGUGGCGGUGCUAGCAUUAGCAUUAGCGUGACGGCGCUAGCGUUAGCAUUAGCACGGCGGCACAAGCGUUAAACUCUGUGUACCGUCUUUGUAAAUAUCUCGUGUUUCAAUGUGGGCACUAGCGGCUUUUACACAGCUGCGGCCAAACGGUAUUUCCUUUACAAAUGUACUGGGUGAGGUUUAUAACCAGGUGCGCUUUGUUUGCCGGGAAUUACGGUAAUCUGGUCAAUUAUGGUUCGCAAAGGCUAUCUGAAAGUCUGCAAUUAAAGCACAUAUUAUUGGUUUCAUUUCAAUUCCAGUGUGAUGGCGUUUAAAGCCCCAAAAAAUGAGAAUAGCGUCCGUGUCCUAUUAUUUGCAGUCCCGACCGUAGGCGCGAAUGGGAGUGCGAGUGUCUGCGUGUACCCUGCGAUUGGCUGGCAACCAAAGCACUUCUCGCGCUCAAAGUCAGCUGGGAUAGGCUCCAGCUCACACACACGACCCAAAUGAGCACAAGAAAUAUAAAAGAAUGGAAGGAUAGAUUAUUAAUCUCGCGUUACCACUCUUAUUACAUUUACAUAAGUGUGUGUGUGGGGGGGGGGACAUGCCAACGUGUACGUUAUUCGAGAUUAUUGGGUUUUCAUGUGGAAUUUCAGACCAUGAAAGGUGCUGUAACCUUUCCAGCUAGACAAAAUUUUACCUAAUUAUUGGACGCACCACGGUUGUGUGUGGGUUUUUUUUUUUUUUUUUUUUACUAAGCUUCCCUCUCACGAGAUGCUGAACGGCAAAAUUGACAGCGUUUGUUUGAACUACAACUCAAGUCCGACAUUUCCAGUGACGUCCGCUUCUAUGUCUCUCUGUGACUCCCCCGGUCUGUCUCUGUGGCAAAACAGGUGUUGAAAUACAAUUGUGCCUUGAGAAACACGUUACCUGACUUGAUGUUUUUGACGAGCGCUGUGUUGUGGCGGUGAACUCGACUCACCUCACCACACGCAGCAGUUUGACAAAUAUCGGAGCAAUUCGUCAAAAAGAGCCGUAGCGACAACAGGCUGUUUCAAAUGAAGGUUUGCUUAGUUUAAAGCUAACAAACAAUGAAAAACAAUUUUAGCAUUAUUUUAAAAAGAUAUUUGAAAACAAUUGGUGGCGCAACACAUGCAGACCGAUAUUUUAACAACACUCACAGGCAUAUAUUCAGAACUAGACGAAUAUUUCCUAUUGAGUCACUUAGCGUAGUAGUAGAAUAUGAAGUCUUCAUUCUUCCGGGGGACAAAGAAGGCAGAGAAGGAGCGGCACAGUUAAUUGGAUUGCAGGAUUAAAUUAUGAUUCAUCCAGUAUUCAUUUUUUUUACAUUCAUGUAUUAAAAAACGAAAACAGUUUUUAUCCUGAAAUUUCACCUGAAAGCCCAAUAUUUCAGAAUUUAUGUAAGGGGUGUAUUCGGAUGGAUUAUGAGCAUUAGUGGGUACUGCGUUCUAAUGGGAAUUACUCCGGGCGUUUGAUUUGUUUUUAGAUGCAGAUCCCGGGUACACCCGCGUGGCCGUCGAUGGUCCACAGGCCGCAGGUUGCCCACCGCUGUGCGAAAGUGGUCCAUAGAUUGCGAUUUACAGCCGCGAAAAAGACGCAUGUGAGCACUUUAACGCUGUGUUUUGCGAUUGUCUCCUUUGCACCAGUUAGGAAGCACAUUUGUCUGUCUUUGUUCGUCCGACACCUGAACUGGCCUUUACGAGCAUGUGACACUCGUUUUUUGUUUUUUGUUUUCUCUUCUCUGUGUCACAACAUUACCGCUAUCUGUCGCUUUUUUUUUUUUUUUUUUUUUGGCCCUCAGAUAAAGAAAACCAUCUCCUAACUCAUUCAGGAUGUCGUUGUGUGACGUACAAACAGGAAGCAGCUUGGCGGCGCCCGACUUAAUAUGACUUUUUUGUACUCUGUGCUCACAGACGUGCGUGUACGUGUAUAUUUUUGUACAUAUGCCAAAUGUUUAUGUUGCUGAGACGUCGUCCCGGCAGUGUGUGUAUGUGUGUUCGCGCGCGCUUUGUGACGGCUUCUCUCGGGCGAUGUCGACGAUGAAAAAUGACAACGAUCGUUUCAACAAACUAAAAAAAAAAAAACAAAAAAAAAAGGAAAAGAUAAGAAAAAGGUCAAUGAUGUUUGUCACUAUUGUUUAUUAUUUGUUUUUUUUUUUUUUGUUGUUGAAUAUUUCAGUUGACGUGACUAAUGUGUCUUCUAUGGUAGGAAAAUCCAGAAAACAAAGUAGCAAAAUGAGCAAUAAUUUACAGAUGUAAUAAUACCGGUAUGUGUAUUUUCUUGUUCUUUCUCUCUUAACAGUAUCUGCUUCUAUUUGUGUAGUAUUGUUUCACAUAGAAAAUAUCCAUAAAGACUGAUUCUU